AUGCUUGGAUACUUGGCUGUGAACCUCAAGGGACAGAUUAGUCCCAGAAAAUACCAUGACAAAUUUUGUGGUGAACUGCUACCUCCUGAGCUAACAAGUGAGAACCCUCGACUGGUGCUCAUCCUUAAUACUCAUGGAGCUGUGCGGGGAAGGGGAUUUCUGGCACGUUAUGAAUUCAUCACUGAUUACAACAUCCCUGGUAAACAAAUAAGAGAUGGCAUGUGCAGCUUUUUAUAUGACAGCAAAGACACAAGAAAGGGUUCUUUUAAUUCUCCUGGCCACCCAGGCCUCUACUUCAUCAACCUAGAUUGCACUUACAUAUUCAGAGGAAAACCACAUGAAAAAAUUGCCAUCUCUUUUGAGGUCUUCAAUUUACCAAACAAUGAUCCUCAUAGCUGCAAGGCAACAGAUUACAUUGAAAUUUACCAGCAACUUGAGGGCCCCAAUAAUUAUUCAGUAAUCCGACGUUACUGUGGCAAAGCUAAUCCAGGCCCUAUACUCACUGAAAGAGGAGUGAAAAUUCUGUUCCAUUCAGACAGCGAUGGCAUAGACAUGGGAUUCCGUGCAAGUUAUGAGUUUAUCAAAAAAGAAGACAUCAACAAGGAAACAGAUUGCUCCAAAACAGUUCUUGCCAAUGAACGGUGGGGUGGCUUCAUACAAAGCCCAGACUAUCCACUUAAGUACAAACCAAUCACCCAUUGUGAAUGGAAUAUAAUAGCCCCUUCAAAUUCCAGCAGAAUCUUGUUACAGUUCACAGUAUUGAAGUUAGAAGGCCAAGGCAAUUCUGACCAAAUUGAAAACAGUUGCCCAAGAGCCGUUAUUCGGAUCUAUUCCAAUGCAGAUGGAAUCAAGCCAGAUAAGGAAUUGUGUGGUGUUUGGAAACAAGGAUAUUCCUUUGUAGCAAAAUCUCAUUCAGUAAGAGUGAGCUUCUUAAGUUCCAGUCGAUCACUUGGAGCGAAAGGUUUCAAUUUAGCCUGGACAGAACUCAGAGGGACAGGAAAAUGUGAUGGUUUCAAGUGUGCCCAAAGCGGAUACUGUAUUGCACCCCAGCUGAAGUGCAACCAAUUACCAAACUGUGGCCCACAAGACGAAUCAGAUGAAAGCACAGAAGUGGCUCAGUGUGGCAUAGGCCCGGUGAUCUCUGAGCCGAUGAUCCUGGGUCUUUCCGUACUUAUUUCUGUCUCAGUAGGUUUAAUACUACAUUGA